AUGACUUGUGUCCUCCUUCCCAGGCUACUCCUCCUCUUGCCCUUGGCUGCUCCUGCCACAGGAAUCCACCAUGGCCCCACAUCUCCCCUUCGUUACUCAAGAUUCCUUGACCCAUCCAAUGUCAUGUAUCUACGCUGGGACUUUGAUCUUGAAACUGAGAUUAUCACCUUUGAUCUGCAGGUCCGGACAACUGGCUGGGUGGGUCUUGGUAUCACUAAUCGCUACACCAAUGUGGGGGCCGAUCUAGUGGUUGGAGGUGUCCUGCCUGAUGGGACUGUCUACUUCUCGGACCAGCAUUUGGUAGAUGAUGAAACUCUGCACGAGGAUGGCAGCCAAGAUGCAGAGCUUCAAUUGCUGAAAGAAGAUGCUGUCUAUACCACCAUGCGCUUCUCCCGGCCCUUCCGCUCCUGUGAUUCCCAUGAUGGAGACAUCACAAGUGACACAAUUCGGGUCCUGGGUGCUUAUGGGUUGGAUGACACAGUGAAGCUGGAUAGGAAGCGAACCUUUGUCAAAUCAAUCUUCCUGCUGCAGAUUGUCCAUCCUGAUGAUCUUGAUGCCCCCAAAAUCUCUUAUAUCCAUGACUUGGAGAUCACUGAUUUUCUGAUUCCUGAAGAUGAUACAACUUAUGCCUGUACCUUUCUUCCUCUGCCCAUCGUCAAGGAGAAGCAUCACAUCUAUAAGUUUGAGCCGAAGCUGAUCUACCACAAUGAGACAAUGGUACAUCACAUCCUGGUUUAUGCCUGUGGAAAUGCCAGUUCCCUCCCAACAGGCAUUAGUGACUGCUAUGGUGCUGACCCUGCCUUCUCCCUCUGCUCCCAAGUGAUCGUGGGCUGGGCUGUCGGGGGCACUAGUUACCAGUUUCCAGAUGAUGUGGGCAUUUCCAUUGGAACUCCCUUGGAUCCCCAGUGGAUCCGACUAGAGGUUCACUACAGUAAUUUCCACAAUCUUCCUGGUGUGUAUGACUCUUCUGGGAUUCGAGUUUAUUUCACCCCUAUCCUGCGCAAAUAUGACAUGGGAGUCCUUCAGCUUGGAUUCUUUACCUUCCCCAUCCACUUCAUACCACCAGGAGCAGAAUCUUUUAUGUCCUAUGGGCUCUGUGAAACCGAGAAGUUUGAAGAGAUGAAUGGGACUCCUGUGCCUGACAUCCAAGUUUAUGGUUAUCUUCUGCACACUCACCUAGCAGGGCGGUCUUUGCAAGCCGUGCAAUACAGGAAUGGAAAGCAGAUCAAGACCAUCUGCAAGGAUGAUGCCUAUGACUUCAACCUACAAGAGACUAGAGACUUGGAUAAGCGUGUGACAAUCAAGAUGGGAGAUGAAUUGUUGGUGGAGUGUCACUACCAGACCCUUGAUCGUACCACACUCACCUUUGGUGGCCCAAGCACCAUUAAUGAGAUGUGCCUCAUCUUUCUCUUCUACUAUCCCCGAAACAACAUCUCCAGUUGCAUGGGGUACCCAGACAUCAUUCAUGUGGCUCAUGAACUUGGAGAAGAAGCAACUGACUCCAUGGAGGGCAUGAUGGCCAUGAAUAAUAUUGAAUGGAACCCAGAAAUCAUCAAGAAGGCAGAGAAAGCCUGCAAAGAGGCUGACCAGGUGGUGGUAAUAAAGACCAUUGAUGAGAUGGUGAUGAAUCAGACAGGCCACAUUCCAGAUAUAAUCCCUACUCCCCGUGGUCCUUGCUUGGAGUCCAUAGGGGGCAAAGUAGAGCCACAGGACAAGACCCCUGCAGGAUUCCGAGCUGCUCCUCCAAUCCAAUCUGGCUGUAGUUCUGCAUUUUCCUUGACUAUUCUCUUACUCCUACAGGGUACCUUUUCUUGGCUUCUGAUUUCCCUCCAAAGUGCAAUCUGAGGCCCAUCUUGAGACUCCUUUGCUUAGGGCCAUAUACAUACAAACCUUCAUCCUGUCCCCACUGACCCUACACAAUUUCUCCUUCAUCCUUCCCCCACAAAAAGCCUUCACCUCAUUGCACCCCUGAAUUUCACAUGGAAUAACAAGCCUCCCAAAACCUGAGCUUGGCUUUUAACCAAUAAAAGUUUCGAAAUGAUGAUGCUAUGCCUAAUAAAGCCUUGCGAUUC